AUGAAGGCAUCUUUGUUUAUGGUCGGCGCUAGCGCCAUCCUGGCUUCGGCCAGCCCCAUUGGAAACGCUCUUAAGGAGCGUGCCAUGAAGACCGAGUGGGUCUACGAGGUUGUUACCGUCGUCGUCACCGAGGACGCUCAGGCCAAGCCCACUGCUCCUGUCUACAAGGCCCCCGAGGCCCCCAAGGUCACUCAGGAGGCUGAGAAGCCCAAGGUUGUCAAGGUGGCCCCUAAGCCCGCUCCCGUCAAGGCCGAGGAGGCUCCCAAGCCUGUUGUCGUUACCGUCUGGGCCGACCCCAAGCCUACCCAGGAGGUUAAGAAGGUCGAGGAGAAGAAGGUCGUUGUUGUCAAGCCCGCCUCCCCUUCUCCCGUCUACGAGGCUCCUGAGCCCGUUGUUGAGAAGCCCAAGACCACCGUCAAGAAGGUUGUCAAGCCUGCUCCCACCAAGGCUGAGCCCAAGCUCGAGCCCAAGGUCACUGUUGAGGCUAGCAUCGAAUCUUCUGACCUUGACCUCGAGGGUGCCUACGACAAGGUCAUGCUUGCUUACCACAACAUCCACCGUGCCAACCACUCUGCCCCUGCUCUUGAGUGGGACAACGAGCUUGCCGGCUACGCUGAGAACACCGCCAACGGUUGCGUUUUCGAGCACGACAUGGAGCAAGGCAAGGGCGGCUACGGUCAGAACCUCGCUUCUUGGGGUGCUACCAGCGAUAUUGAUGGACUCAAGAACAAGGCUGCUGCUGGUGGUAUUACCAACCAGUGGUACGACAGUGAGAUGUCCAACUGGGCUUUCUACGGCCAGGAGAACCCCCCCUCCGACAUGAACAUUGACCUGUACGGUCACUUCACCCAGGUUGUCUGGAAGGACUCCACCAAGGUCGGCUGUGCCACUGUCAAGUGCCCUGCCGGCACUGUCCUCAGCUUCCCCUCCUGGUACACUGUCUGCAACUACAACCCUCAGGGUAACUUCGGUGGCCGCUACGCCGACAACGUCCUCAAGCCUGAGGGUGCCAAGCGUGUUACUGUCUAG